AUGGAGAAUCAACGAAAUCCAGCCGAGGCGCAGCGGAGAAAGGUCACUACAUACGGGAAACUAGCUUCUCGCAAACGUCACACCGGCGCAGGUCCAACCUCGUCGCUUCUCCAGGUUUCGUCGACAGAAACAAGCUCUUCAGCAACUUCAGCGACUCAUCGACCUAAACAGCCCCAGCCAUCUCCCUUGCAGACUGACGAUUCUUCGCGACCGCAGAAAACGCUUAGCAGUGCCAGGCAUAUAGCCCUCGAUGCUGCUCGUAAACAACAGGCGAGCGAGACAGACACAACACGCAAACGAAGCCACAAGUCUGCGUUUGGUACGGGAAACCCUGUAGCGGCGAUAGACGUCGUGGCCGCACGCCGGCUUUCCAGGCCAUCUUCAGCCCAGGAGCAGAUACGACACUCCGACGGAGCAGAUGUCAAAGAUACAAAACCGAAUGCUGUUAAGAAUGGAUCGGUAUAUUCCAAGUCCACAACCUCACUACCGGCGACACCAAAAAGAUCGAGUGCUGUUGAACUGGCUGCUAUUGGGCUUGAGAAAGAUAUAGAAGCAAAGAUAUUAUAUGGAAACAAGUCGCCAGAAACGCCGCCGACGCGUCGACGCCGUUUGAUCGAUGCGCUUGUAGCAGAAAAAACUAGUGAUCCCAGCGCUAGCCCAAGCCAGAGUGUCCCUGUAUUUGAGCAUAUCAAUAGGACCGAGCAUAAAGCUCCGGAUGGGCGUCCCAGCAUUCGCAAGGACGCGCCGCUGCGCAGGACCGCCUCCGACACCACUACACUGGAAAAGAGGAAGAUCAAGUUCACUUACAGCCAAUCCCGAAGCAUUCUUCAAGAUUCACAGGAGUCGAAUGCAACUGAGCCCACUGACUUUCCUUCUAUCGAUGAUAUCGACGAACCUUUGAAGCCUCCGUCUCCGACUAUUGAAGAAGACGAUGAUGAUGAUGAUGAUGAAUUGAAGACCAAGGUUGCUAUUAGGAGCGUUCAUGAGCUGCGACGAGCCGGCGCCAAUAACCGAUCGUCAGAUGAAGUCGAUGAUCUGCUUUCUAGAAUCGGAGCACCAGGAUCUUUGGCGUCAACCAUGCGGAGAAAUGCCCUGUGCGAGCUAGCUGAUAAGCUGCAAAACAAAGAGUUUAUGAAUCAAUUUCGUGACCAUGCAUCGCGAGACAACAUAGCCAAGGGAAUUAGUAAGGAGAAAGAUACAAUCAGCGGGUUUCUCCUCGCUGCUGCCUUUGUUAUCUUCCUAUCAUCAGGUCCUGCGCCGCAUAUGCUUCACCAAUUAACAGAAAACAAGGUUGGCGCAUGGUUGAGUAAUCUUCUCAAUAUACAGGAGGAUAUAAACGCUAUAGCAACUCAGAAAUCUUCUAAUAUGCCGAAAACAACCAGAAACUCACUAGCCAGCGUGAAGAAGACACUGCUGGAAAUGCCACUAUGGCAUGGCUACCAAUUGCUGCAUCUCUCUCCUCAAACCAUUGCCUUGCAACUGCUCUCUAUGCUUGUGGGUCUAUUAGACCCCCAAGAGGUCCAAGCUAUAUUGGAUGAUACUGCUACCAGCAUCUCGGAAUUGAGAUCCCAUUUUGCGUCUCUCGACUCUCGCAACGAUGUCAAUUAUGCGCUCACCAUCCGCAUUCUCGAGGCGCAAUCCAGCUCCUUAACCUCCACAAAUGACACUUUUGCCCAAGUCCAGCAAGAAAUGUCCGAGAUCGCUACGUUCCUCCGAAGCAUGCUGCAAGACUGGCCAAAAACCCACAACGACAUAGAUGCUACCUUGUUAAAGCUUGCCAUCAACACAACUAAUAAUGAGACAAGGGCAGCCGCAAUUCAAACCCCCCAGCUGCUAUCAAGCCUAACCUGCUGUAUAAUCUCCGGAUUUUCGGCUGUUGAGAGUGCUAUUCAAAAGUCAACCUUCGAAAGUAACAUUUAUGACGAGCUCCUCCUCAUACUUGGGAUCAUGAUCAAUGUUCUGGAGCACUCCUCGGACGCGCGUAUAUCUAUCGAUGCGGAUGAAAUCAAUCAGCUAAUUUCGACUUGGUCCGAGCUCGAACGUGUAAUGGAAAAGGACGAUUCAGUCGAGACCUCAAAACUCGGCAUAGCAUACAGCUACCUCGCUAUAGUGCUGGGAUAUUCAUACUUAGGUCACCCGGAGCUACCGGUCACAAACGGCUUGCUCCCAGCUAUACAACACUUCAUAACGAUAUAUAAGACAGUCAACCACAAAACAGUAGAGCUGGAAAGCCUUGUACAUAGCCUCUCUGGAAGAUCCUGUUAG